AUGCCCCACGCCGUCGAUUACAGCCUUAUCCAGGUCAAGGAGCUGCAUCCUACCUUUGCUGCCGAGGUGUCUGGAGUUGACUUCUCACGGCCCGUGCCCGAAGAUGUCUUUCAAGAACUCUGGAAGGCCGUCAACCAGUACGGGGUCCUAGUGUUCCGGCACGCCAAGUUGAACGACGAGCUGCACAUCCAAUUCUCGCAACGGCUGGGCGAACUCGACGACGUGCUCCCUCACAUCCAAGCGGGCCGGCCAUUCCGGUUCAAGCACAAGGAAUUAUUCGACGUAGGGAACAUCGAGGAGGACGACGCGUUGGUCAAGCCCGGAAGCCAUCGCUGGUAUUACGGCAAGGGCAACAACCUCUUCCACCACGACUCGUCAUUCAACCCACGCCGGGCUGGCCUCUCACUGCUCCGCGCCCACGAAAUCCCACCGCCGGGCCAAGGCCUGGGCGGCAACACGGACUUUGCGGACUGCCGCACCGCGUACGACGACCUGCCCGCGGACCUGAAGAAGCAACUCGAGGACAACGACUACGUGGUGGCGCACUCGCUGCUGCAUUCGCGCCGGAAAGCCGCGCCCGAGUACUUCACCGACGUGGACCCGGAAAAGGGCUACUUCUCGCGCCACAAGGUCGUGCAGACCCACGAGCGCUCCGGCCGCAAGACGCUCUACAUCGGCAAUCACAUGCACCACGUCGAGGGCCUGCCGGAGGAGGAGAGCACCGCCUUGAUCAAUCGUCUGCUCGAUCACGCCUGUCAGGACAAGUAUGUCGUGUCGGUCGAGUGGCAGAACCCCGGCGAUUUGAUCCUCUGGGACAAUACCUCCGUCAUGCACCGCGCGCACGGUGGCGCGUACGAGGGCAAGUAUCGGCGCGAUAUGCGCCGGACCACCGUCCAUGACGAUUCGAGCUAUGCUUGGGGGUUGAAUGAGAAGACGAGCAUGAGGGUCGGCUUGCCUUAG